CUUCCUGAUCUGAUCUGCCUUGGCCGACACACAGACCAAGCAGUUUGUGCUAGGCACAUGGAAAGUGAUGGUCACAGCACAUCAGGGGGUGUGGAGGCAGCAGGCUCUGCCUUUCCCUGUCCCUCGUUUCUCCUUGACUUCCUAGGGUGUUGUAGUUACCAUAGCACAUGAUGUGGAAAAUGCUAGAAGAGCAGUUGGGUGAAGCAGGGCCACCAAAUAAGUCCUCGCCUCCUGGAGACCUCUGGAAACCCAGGUGAGUGUGGUCUGGGGUUGGGUCUCCCACCCUGCUUGCUCCACUCAGUCCUACCCAGCGCUGCCUCUGAGGCCUAGCUGAGGGCCCUGAAACUCCCCCUUGGGGCUUCCCUUCUCCCCAGCCCUUGCUCUUGGCACCUUGCCUGGCUACCAUGGAAACAGGGUCCAGGGUAACAAAGGAGGGAGCUGGGUCCUGUUCCCUCCCAGUCCUGCCGAUGAGGAUUCUCAGACUAUAGAGACUGAAUUGUCCUGCACCUUCCUGUGCUCUUUCUGUGUUUUCACUGAGGCUGAGCUCCAACUGCCACCUCUACCAGCAGGACCAUGUGUACCAGUCUGACCACUUGUGAGUGGAAGAAAGUCUUCUAUGAGAAGAUGGAGGUGGUAAAGCCAGCAGACAGCUGGGAGCUCAUCAUCGACCCCAACCUCAAGCCCAAUGAGCUGGCCCCUGGCUGGAAGCAGUACCUGGAGCAGCACGCCUCAGGCAGGUUCCACUGCUCCUGGUGCUGGCACACCUGGCAGUCUGCCCAGGUGAUCAUCCUCUUCCAUAUGCACCUGGACCACUCCCGGCGGAUGGGCUCGGUGCGUAUGCGCGUCUUCAAGCAGCUGUGCUAUGAGUGCGGCACGGCGCGGCUGGACGAGUCCAGCAUGCUGGAGGAGAACAUCGAGGGCCUGGUGGACAACCUCAUCACUAGCCUGCGCGAGCAGUGCUACGGCGAGGACGGCGGCCAGUACCGCAUCCACGUGGCCAGCCGCCCGGACAGCGGGCCGCAUCGUGCAGAGUUCUGCGAGGCCUGCCAGGAGGGCAUCGCGCACUGGAAGCCCAGCGAGAAGCUGCCGGAGGAGGAGGCGACCACCGACACCUUCUCGGAAGCCUCCAGGCCGAGGGCCCAGGCGGGAUCCGGCUACAACUUCUUGUCUCUUCGCUGGUGCCUCUUCUGGGCCUCUCUCUGCCUGCUCCUUGGCUACCUGCAGUUCUCCUUCCGCAGCUCUGCCUUCCUUUAGUGGAGCUGGUUCGGGGUGGGAGAGGGCACAUGGGGUUGAGAGAGGAGGACACAGGCUGGUCUCGAUCCUGCUACAGAUUCAACAUAUGACUGGACAAGCCGGUCACCUCUCUGGGCCUCAUUUUAUUCAUCUGCGGAAUGAGGGGUUUACAUUAGAAGAUAUGUAAUGAUUCCUUCAUUGGAAUUGACAGUAAUGGGGGAAGGGGGAAAGGGUGUAUGCAAUAAAGGUUUUAGAACUUGC